AUGUGGCCGGGGAACCAUACCUCUCUGGAAGACUUCAUCCUUGAAGGGCUCUUUGAUGACUCACUCAUUCACCUUUUUCUUUUCUCCUUGACCAUGGUGGUUUUCCUCAUUGCAGUGAGUGCCAACACCCUCACCAUUCUCCUCAUCUGUGCUGAUCCUCAGCUUCAUACACCGAUGUACUUCCUACUCAGCCAGCUGUCCCUCAUGGAUCUGAUGCAUGUCUCCAUUACCAUCCCCAAGAUGGCUACCAACUACUUACCUGGCAAGAAGUCCAUCUUCUUUGUGGGCUGUGCAAUCCAGCACUUUCUCUAUUUAUCUGUGGGUGGUGCUGAAUGUCUUCUCCUGGCUCUCAUGUCCUAUGACUGCUAUGUUGCCAUCUGUCAUCCACUGUGUUAUACUGUUCUCAUGAACAGAAAGUUGGGAGUGAUGAUGGCUGUCAUGUCAUGGUUGGAAGCAUCCAUAAAUUCCUUAAUUCACACGGUAAUUGUGACGCACUUGCCCUUCUGUGGGCCUCGAAAAAUCCACCACUUCUACUGUGAGUUUCCAGCUGUUGUGAAGUUGGUAUGUGGAGAUAUCAGGGUUUAUGAGACCACAGCGUACAUCAGCACCACCCUAAUUAUUCUUUUUCCAAUCUUUCUGGUUUCUACAUCCUACGCCUUCAUCCUUCAUAGUGUUACUCAGAUGCGUUCAGCUGGGAGCAAGAGAAAUGCGUUUGUUACCUGUAGCUCUCACCUCACUGUGGUUUCCCUCUGGCUUGGUGCUUGUAUCUUCUCAUAUAUGAGGCCCAGAGCCCAUCGCACUCCAUUGCAAGACAAAGUUGGGUCUGUGUUCUAUAGCAUCAUUACUCCUACACUGAAUCCUCUGAUUUAUGCCCUUCGAAGUAAGGAUGUUGCUAAGGCACUCAGGAAAGUGCUGAGGAGUGGUAUUAUCUCUCAGUCAUUGUAACUGCGGUUACCCUGAAUGUAGAGUGAAAUGGGAUAAUACCCUUAAACUGAUCUGAAAAAAUCUCUAAGA